UGCAGUUUUAUUUCAUAUAAAAAAUACGAUGGAAAAAGUAUUUCACGUUCCAGCAUUCUUUAUCGUAUUACGGGAAACAUUCGAAUGCACGAUUACUUUAUUAAUAUUAAUUGGCUGCCUUGAUACAUUUACGGAAGGUGAACAAUUGAUAAAAUCUUUAAAAAAACGAAUUUGGAUAGGAACAAUUUUAGGAUUAUUUUUUUCGAUAAAUGUCUGUAUAAUGCUUAUGGGAUUAUUUAAGGAAUUCACAAUAAAUUUUCUGGAAAAAGAUCCUAUAUUGGGAGCAAUAUUUUUGUUACUUGCUUCAACUUUAAUCACUUACAUGGCAUGGAGUAUGAUAAGAAUCAACCUAUGGAAAGAAAAAUUGAAUGAACGAAUGAAAUAUGCGACACGAAUGAAUAUUGAAAGAAGUGAGGCGCAAAAGAAUUUCUUUACAUUUUAUUUGAUCUCAUUUACUGUGAUUUGCCGUGAAGCUUUUGAAUCUUACAUAUUUAUCGCCGGGGUUGGGUUCAAUAAUUUUUCAUCAUUAAUUAUUCCAAUACUUUUGGGAUUAUCUUUAGGCGUGCUUUUGGCUUCCUAUUUUUCCGAGGCAUGUUCAUAUAUUCAAGAAGCUGUAGGUAUUAAAAGAGUUAUUUUAUGGAAAUUAAAUUGUUGCGACCCCAAAGAUAAUGAAGGAUGGGCAUUAUUAAAUUCAUUAUUUGGUUGGACAAGUGAAGGUACAAAAGCAACAACCUUUGGAUAUUUUUUUUAUUUGAUCUUUGAAAUUGCUGGAAUUUUUAUACUUUACGGUAGAGAAAAAUUGAGAAAACAAGGUAAUGCCUUAUCACAAAGUUAG